CCCCCUUCGCGGCCGCCGCGUGCUCGGCCUGUCCCCGCCCAGGGGGCCGGAGCCUCCCAACUAACUCCGCCCGCCGCGCCCGCUGCUCCGCCGUCCGCAGGCUCCCGCUUCCGUCUCGGACUGUGCUCGCCGCCGCGCAGAAUGCAAGCUCCUUGAGAUCAGUGGCCUUGUAUGGUUUACUCAACACUGUAUUCCUGAUACCUGAAACUGUGCCUGGCUCACAGGAGUGCUCUGAACAACCUUCAGAGGUUCUGAAUGAUGACUGACGCGGGUUUGUGUGAUAUCCCUCACAGUCCCUGUCAUCCCCCAGUGAUAAGGAACACUCACGUCUAGCCCCAGCACCAGGGCAGAAAGCAGCUCUGAAGGGAGGAGAGCUUCCGCUCGCGGACCCGACAAAAGUACCGCCUUCCCACGGGGUUCUGCCUGCGGCUCUUGAUCCAGACACCUCGCAGCUCUCGCAGGCAGAUGGUGUGUGGCCGCCGGCGGACGCCCGCCGCGCCCCGGCCAUGAAGUAGCGGCUGCUGGCGGCGCCGCUGCCCGACCGCCGGCCCCAGCCCAGCGCUGCGCUGCCGGGUCCUCCCGGCGGGGCCGGAGCGGCGUGGCCAUGGCUGGCUUUCGUCGCCUGCUAGUUCUCCUCCUUGUUUUUCAAAGCAGCUGUUUGGGUUUCAGAAGCCCACUUUCUGUCUUUAAGAGGUUUAAAGAAACUACCAGAUCAUUUUCUAAUGAAUGUCUUGGUACCACCAGACCAGUAAUUCCUGUUGAUUCAUCAGAUUUUGCAUUGGAUAUUCGCAUGCCUGGGGUUACACCCAAACAGUCUGAUACGUACUUCUGCAUGUCAAUGCAUUUGCCAAUGGAUGAGGAAGCCUUCGUGAUUGACUUCAAACCCCGUGCCAGCAUGGAUACUGUCCAUCAUAUGCUACUUUUUGGAUGCAAUAUGCCAGCGUCCACCGAAAAUUACUGGUUUUGUGAUGAAGGAACCUGUACAGAUAAAGCCAAUAUUCUAUAUGCCUGGGCAAGAAAUGCUCCCCCAACCAGACUCCCCAAAGGUGUUGGAUUCAGAGUUGGAGGAGAGACUGGAAGCAAAUACUUUGUACUACAAGUACACUAUGGGGAUAUUAGUGCUUUUAGAGAUAAUCACAAGGACUGCUCUGGUGUUUCCUUACACCUUACACGCCUGCCACAGCCUUUAAUUGCUGGCAUGUACCUUAUGAUGUCUGUUGACACUGUUAUACCAGCAGGAGAGAAAGUGGUGAAUUCUGAUAUUUCAUGCCAUUAUAAAAAGUAUCCAAUGCAUGUCUUUGCCUACAGAGUUCACACUCACCAUUUAGGUAAGGUAGUAAGUGGAUACAGAGUAAGAAAUGGACAGUGGACACUGAUUGGACACCAAAGCCCCCAGCUGCCACAGGCUUUCUACCCUGUAGAACACCCAGUAGAUGUUAGUUUCGGCGACAUACUGGCCGCAAGAUGUGUAUUCACUGGUGAAGGAAGGACAGAAGCCACACACAUUGGUGGCACAUCUAGUGAUGAAAUGUGCAACUUAUACAUUAUGUAUUACAUGGAAGCCAAGCAUGCAGUUUCUUUCAUGACCUGUACACAGAAUAUCGCUCCGGAUUUGUUCAGAACCGUACCACCAGAGGCCAACAUUCCAAUUCCUGUGAAGUCUGAUACGGUUAUGAUGCAUGGACAUCACAAAGAAACAGUGAAUAAAGAUAAGACUUCUUUACUACAGCAGCCAAAACGAGAAGAAGUAUUAGAACAGGGUGAUUUCUAUUCACUACUUUCCAAGCUGCUAGGAGAAAGGGAAGAUGUUGUUCAUGUGCAUAAAUAUAAUCCUACAGAAAAGGCAGAAUCAGAGUCAGACCUGGUAGCUGAGAUUGCAAACGUAGUCCAAAAGAAGGAUCUUGGUCAGUCUGAUGCCAGAGAGAGUGCAGAACAUGAGAGGGACAAUGCUCUUCUUGUCAGAGACAGAAUUCACAAAUUCCACAGACUAGCAUCUACUUUGAGGCCACCGGAGAGCAGAGUUUUCUCAUUACAGCAGCCGCUACCCGGUGAAGGCACCUGGGAACCAGAACACACAGGAGAUUUCCAUGUAGAAGAGGCACUGGAUUGGCCUGGAGUAUACUUGUUACCAGGCCAGGUUUCUGGGGUGGCUCUGGACCCUAAGAAUAAUCUGGUGAUUUUCCACAGAGGUGACCAUGUCUGGGAUGGAAACUCUUUUGACAGUAAGUUUAUUUACCAGCAAAGAGGUCUCGGGCCAAUUGAAGAAGACACUAUUCUUGUCAUAGAUCCAAAUAAUGCCGCAGUACUCCAGUCCAGUGGAAAAAAUCUGUUUUACUUGCCACAUGGCUUAAGUAUAGAUAAAGAUGGAAAUUAUUGGGUCACAGAUGUGGCUCUUCAUCAGGUGUUCAAACUGAAUGCAAACAAUAAAGAAGCCCCUCUGUUAAUCCUGGGAAAGAGCAUGCAACCAGGCAGUGACCAGAAUCACUUCUGUCAACCUACUGAUGUGGCUGUGGAUCCAGACACAAGAGCCAUCUAUGUAGCAGAUGGUUACUGCAACAGUCGGAUUGUGCAGUUUUCACCAAGUGGAAAGUUCAUCACACAGUGGGGAGAAGAGUCUACUAAGAGCAAUCCUAAACCAGGCCAGUUCAGUGUUCCUCACAGCUUGGCCCUAGUGCCUCAUUUGGGCCAAUUAUGUGUGGCAGACAGGGAAAAUGGUCGGAUCCAGUGUUUUAAAACGGACACCAAAGAAUUUGUGCGAGAGAUUAAGCAUGCAUCAUUUGGAAGAAAUGUAUUUGCAAUUUCAUAUAUACCAGGUUUGCUCUUUGCCGUGAAUGGGAAGCCUUACUUUGAGGACCAAGAACCUGUACAAGGAUUUGUGAUGAACUUUUCCAAUGGGGAAAUUAUAGACGUCUUCAAGCCAGUGCGCAAGCACUUUGACAUGCCUCAUGACAUCACUGCAUCUGAAGACGGGACCGUGUAUGUUGGAGACGCUCACAGCAACACCGUGUGGAAGUUCACCUCAACUGAAAAUAUUCCACAGGAAAUUCUUGAUGCCUGAAGUAAUGUCUGUUGCAUUGAAAGCCCAUGUUAAUUCCAGCUUAGUUCCAGAAGGAGGAGAUGACUCUGGCAAAGCAGAGGGCCUGACUGAGGCAUCGCUUCCCACGUGGCUCUUCAGCUCUCAGUAGCUGCUGAGCAUCUUGGAAGACCAGCAUCUGAGUCAGACACAUAUCAUCCCAAACAGGAAGCCCUCUGCAUUUUCUCUUUAGACUUCAGCUUGUUCAAAAUACUGAACUAUGUUUUCAUGUAACUCCAAAAGUAUGUCUGGGGACAGAAGAGUUUCUCUAUCAGGAUCAGGCCAGAUAGUUUGGAGAUUUCUAGUUGCAAUUUGGGCACUAUUUCUAAUUCUUAAAAAGUAUACUAAUGUAGCCACCGAUAUCAUACUAAAAACUUAAGUUUUCUAAAUUGAACAGUACCAAAUGCUUAGUAGGCCACAAACCUCAGUGUCCAGAGAUGCUUUUAAAAUAUGGCAGGGUCCAAACAGUAGGAGAAGAUGAGGUUAAGGAAAAGAAUUGCGGAUAAUAAAUUUGAGGUAUCAGGAGCUACAACAGCAGUUUUAAAUAGAGAAAUAAUAAAGACCUGUGGACUUGAUGAAGAUAAGAAAUACUACUUAUAAUAAGGAAAAAUGCAAAUUAUAACAAGGAAAAAAUACAAGGUAUAACAAAGAAAAGUAAAAUCAUGAGUCCAAAAACUUUAAUCACGUACUGUACAGGUCUUGGAGCCCAAGUAAAUUUGGUAACUGUUGUCUUCAGAAUUGUCCUUCGAGUAAUUUUUGCUGUUUUGUAAUAAGGACCCAGUUAGGGCUGAGUGCACAGAGGUGCCCACGGACUAUUCCCCUCCAGCAGUAGCUGCACAUUCCCCUGCAAGUGUGCCUCUCCUACCACCUGCCUCCUCAAAGAAGAACCAGAAGGUGUAGGCAGACAGGAAGGCAAAGAGAGAUGGAUAAUUCCCAAUUGCAUGACUGAACCCAGGCUUUUCAGAAUAAAAAAUGAAUAAAUACCUUUCAAGAUGGAAAAAACUUCAGAAAUCUAACUAGUAUCUUCAUUUUACAGAUAGGAAUAUGAUACUUGAACUCGUUAAGAUUCCCGGCUAAGGCUCUUUAUUCCACCCUAGCGGUUGGUACUAAACAGAGAUGCAUAUCCAAGUCACCUGGAGAAGGUUUUCAAAGCACACAUGGCCAGACCCCAUUCAAGAGCUAUAGAAAGAAGAAGGGUUAUAAUAUGGGUAUUUUGGAAAGACAUCCCAAGUUGUUUUGAAAUAUCCCCUGAUUGAGAAGCACUACAAUAUAGCAUUCAGCUAUGAAAGAGAAAAAGCCUUCUGCGCAGUCCAGAAUGCAACCAAAUAAUACAUCUGGAAAAAAACAGUACCUUGGGAACAAUAAGACUGCCACAGAAGACUAAACAAGUGUCUUGUGUAUUUAUAUUGUAGUAUUUAACUAGUCAAAUCAAUUUGUCAACUAGAAGACUGAUAAUCAAACAUGGCAGAACUAGUAGUCAGUCUAAGAUGUCCACAUGAAAACAGAACUGCUUGAUAUUUCAGAAAUAAUACAGAAUUGUAAACUCCACAUGGAAAAUCUCAUUUUAGAUAUGAAGACCUUAGAAAUAUUAUUUUAGCUUUCCCUAGGAGGAUUUUAUCCAGGAUUCAUGGACCUGGCACCUAAUUAGUGAUUUGUAUCAAACUCUUUUCUAAUAUAAUAGUGUAUUUGAU